AUAGAUUUUAUAUAUAAAUUUCUUUAAAUAAUUUGAUAGCAACACCACCCCUCCCAUUACAUAUUUGAAGUUUUCAAGUUUUAUUUUUAGCCACAAACCAAAAGGCAUUUUUCUAGUUGAUUCUUUCUCUCUGAUCUCACCAUCUCAAUAUCACCACCGGUUUGAAAAAUGGCGACAAAGAAGAGUGUAAGCAGCUUGAAGGAAGCAGAUCUCAAGGGGAAGAGAGUCUUCGUCAGGGCUGAUCUCAACGUACCCUUGGAUGACAGUUUUAAAAUCACCGAUGACACGCGCAUACGCGCCGCCGUCCCUACCAUCAAAUACUUGAUGUCUAACGGUGCCAAAGUCAUCCUCUCAUCUCAUUUGGGACGGCCAAAGGGUGUUACACCGAAAUACAGCUUGAAGCCACUUGUGCCUAGACUAUCUGAGCUUCUUGGAGUUGAGGUCAAGAUGGCAGAUGACUGCGUAGGCCCCGAGGUUGAGAAACUGGUGGCUGGGAUCCCAGAAGGCGGUGUUUUGCUUCUUGAAAAUGUCAGAUUUUAUAAAGAAGAAGAGAAAAACGAUCCCGAAUUCGCAAAAAAGCUUGCAUCACUAGCAGACUUAUACGUCAAUGAUGCAUUCGGUACCGCACAUAGGGCACAUGCAUCUACUGAGGGUGUUGCAAAGUACUUGAAGCCAUCUGUUGCUGGAUACCUUAUGCAAAAGGAGCUUGAUUACCUUGUUGGAGCCGUAUCUAAUCCCACUAAACCAUUUGCUGCCAUUGUUGGCGGGUCAAAGGUUUCAAGCAAAAUCGGUGUAAUCGAAUCAUUAUUAGAAAAAGUCAACAUCCUUGUGCUCGGCGGCGGUAUGAUCUUUACCUUUUACAAGGCUCAAGGGUACAAAGUCGGGUCAUCACUUGUUGAAGAAGAUAAACUCGAUCUUGCCACAUCACUUAUCGAAAAGGCUAAGGCUAAAGGGGUGUCUCUUUUACUCCCGUCUGAUGUCGUAAUUGCCGACAAGUUUGCUGCUGAUGCUAACAGCAAGGUUGUUCCAGCUAAGGAAAUUCCAGAUGGUUGGAUGGGAUUGGACAUUGGGCCAGAUUCCAUCAAGUCUUUCAGUGAAACUUUGGAUACUACCAAAACUGUUAUCUGGAAUGGGCCGAUGGGUGUGUUUGAGUUCGAGAAGUUUGCUGCAGGAACAGAGGCUAUUGCCAAGAAACUUGCAGAGCUUAGUGGAAAGGGGGUUACAACCAUCAUUGGAGGAGGUGAUUCGGUUGCAGCUGUGGAAAAGGUUGGGUUAGCCGACAAAAUGAGCCACAUCUCGACAGGUGGCGGUGCUAGCUUGGAGCUUCUAGAAGGGAAGACACUGCCUGGAGUGCUUGCCUUGAAUGAGGCAUGAGCCAAUCUCCUUGGUGUUGUUGAGAAAUAUGUCAUAAGUUGAAGCAAACUUUUGGUUUAACGGUUUAUAGUUGAGACUAGAAGCUAAUAAAAAGGUCCUGUGAAUCUGUGACCAUGAGCAUUGAUGGUUUUUUUGAAUUGGAAUCAACAGUCAUUGUAUAAAUAAUCUCUCUCUUUGUUUGGUGUUUGGCUUUGCUAUGCUGC